ACAGUUAGCCUUUCUUUCUCUCUCUUCAUCACUCCCCUUUCUCAAUCCACACCUUCCCUUGAACAACAACGAAUAGUAAAAUUAGGGUUUUCAUUUGGGGAAACAACAAUAGGGUAAAUAUUAUGGAGAAUGUGUAGAAAACAUGGUUGUCGAUGACAUGACCAACUGCUUCAUCGUCGACUAUGUAGGUUCCUCUUCUCGUUUCUCUGAUGCUUGUCCCAAGAGGUAAUCCUUGAGGAUCUCCCUCUUACUCGGUCUCUCUUUCAAACACUUUUUUUUUUUUUUCCUUUCUGGCUUAUGGAUUUGAUGGCUUUGAUUCAGUGUUUUUCCCCUGAUUUUGGAGGGAUUUUGGAGUUACGUCGAAUAGGGUUAAAUAUAAUUCCCCUCUAGCGUUUUUGAAAUCUCUUCCUCUCUUAUAGAGAUUGAAGAGAUAUCACUCUGUUUCUCUGUGUUAUAUAUAUAGAUUAAUAGUAGUUACCUAGUUCUGUUCUUCUUGAGUUCAAUUUAUUUAUUAAUUUGUAAAGAAAAAAGUAGAAGAAUUCUUAAUAGGUUGGGUUUGUUGAAUUUUUUUGUUCUUUUCUUGUUUACUUCUUUCUCUCAAACUCAAUUGAUAAAUCUAGGGGUUUGAUGGAGGGGAGAUAUUUGUGGGGAUUGAUAUGAUCAAAGUGUUUAUAAGGUUGUUUUGUUGAAUUCUUUUUGGGACAACAAUAUUGUACGAACCAGCAAUAAAACUCAUCAACGAGAUGAGCUAGCAUGGGCGAUUCUUGUCUUGCUACUUUGUCAAUGGAGAAUCAUCACCCCUCCACGCUCCUUUCAAUGGACUCAAGUGCAUCUUCUCACGAGGAACUCGAUUUGGAGAUGAAUCGCCAAAUCAUACUCUCUCGUCCGCCGGAUAUCAAUCUUCCCCUCUCUGCCGAGCGCAGCCCGCCUCCACAACCAUGGGAUUCCGAGCCUUGUGAUAUUCUGGAUGUUGGUCUCGGUACUCAAGGGUAUGAGACUGAGAGUUUUCUCAAUCUGCCCAAAUCUGGUAGGAAGUGCACAAAGCGCGUCGAUAGCAUAUGGGGUGCGUGGUUUUUCUUCAGUUUUUACUUUAAGCCUGCUUUGAAUGAUAAGUCUAAGGCCAAGAUUGUCAGGGACAGCAACGGUGUUUCAGGGUUCGAUAAAUCUGAUUUGAAGCUUGAUGUUUUCAUGGUUCAACAUGACAUGGAAAAUAUGUAUAUGUGGGUUUUCAAGGAGAGGUCGGAGAAUGCAUUGGGUAAGAUGCAGCUGAGGAGUUACAUGAACGGGCAUUCUCGCCAAGGGGAGCGCCCGUUUCCAUUUAGUGUUGACAAGGGUUUUGCCCGAUCCCACCGGAUGCAGCGAAAGCAUUAUAGAGGACUAUCAAACCCUCAGUGUGUGCAUGGCAUUGAGGUUGUUCCUGCACCCAAUCUGAUGACUCUGGAUGAGGAUGAUCGAAAGAGGUGGAUGGAACUUACUGGCCGAGAUUUGAAUUUCACAAUCCCACCUGAAGCAAGUGAUUUCAGUUCAUGGAGAAAUCUUCCCAACACGGACUUUGAGCUUGAGAGACCACCUCCCCCAAUUAAGAGUGGUCCUAAUGCACACCCGAAGAAGCUGCUUAAUGGAUCUGGACUGAAUUUAUCAACUCAUCUAUCUAAUCACAGUAACGGUGAUGGGUUGGACCUCUCUCCUGUCUGUGGCAAAAAGAGGAAGGACUUUUUCCCUCAUGGAAAUGAAGAAGAAUGUUACUUGGCUGUUAAUCCUCCAUAUGAUCGUACUACAGAUAUAGAAAUGCACCCAAGUGAGCCACACUGGUUGAAUGACUUCAGCGGGGUGAUAAAGAGUGUUUAUGGACCUGUUACAGCUGCAAAAACUAUUUACGAGGAUGAACAAGGUUACUUGAUUAUUAUCAGUCUUCCCUUUGUAGAUCUUCCAAGUGUGAAAGUUUCAUGGAGGAACACUCUGACUCGGGGUAUCAUAAAGGUUUCUUGUUUGAGCACAUCUCGGAAACCUUUCAUCAAGAGACAUGAUAGGACAUUCAAGCUGACAGAUCCAGCAUCAGAGCACUGCCCUCCUGGAGAGUUUGUCCGAGAAAUCCCUCUCUCAACUCGAAUACCUGAAGAUGCCAACAUAGAAGCAUACUAUGAUGAAACAGGAUCAGUGCUUGAGAUCCUGGUACCAAAACAUCGGGUGGGACCAGAAGAACAUGAAGUCCGUGUUUGCCUCCGCCCUCAUCUAGGAGGGAAUGAUCUUAAGUUAACUUGAGAUAGGCACUUGAAAAAAUUGUUCGGGAUUUCAUUAUGAAAUCAUUCUUAUUAAGAUGUCAAGAAGGACUUGGCCCGUUUCAAGUGAGCCUAGCACUGGGGAAAACGACGCAAAGGUGAAUGAGUUGGAUGAUAUUUUGUGUGACAUAGAAGCAGGAGCAAGCAAUUGUUGACUUAUAGUUUGGUGGUGAGUGUUUACAGUGCAAGGCUGAGAUAGAGUGGGGUUGGGAAAUGUUUCGUUCAUGUUUGUUGGCCAAUGUUAGCACCUAAUUGAAGAUUCGAUCUAGCGUGAACCACUUGUAUAGGUCCAGUUUUGUAAACCGUUGAUUAAUCUCUUGUAUAUAAUAAUUUGGUGCACUCACAAUAUCAUUUUUUUUUUCUUGUA